AUGGAGAAUCCAAUAACGAAGACAUGGAGAAAGAUGAAGUCCUAUGGGCAUACGAGAUCUUCUACUAUGGCCUCGAUCACGAAGAGCAAGUCUUGGAAUGGCUCUGUUCAUGUCGAGGAUGCUAAGAACAACGAGUCAGUAGAAAAGAUCAAAAAAAAAUCGCCGCCGCCACACGGGUGUUUCACGGUUUACGUGGGUCCCACGAAACAGAGAAUCGUAGUGAAGACGAAAUUGGUGAACCAUCCUUUGUUCAAGAGCUUGUUAGAAGACGCGGAGACUGAGUAUGGAUACAGACGAGAUGGACCCAUUGUUCUUCCUUGUGAGGUUGACUUUUUCUUCAAGGUUUUGGCUGAUAUGAAGUCUAGUCAUUGUGAUCAUUAUGAUAAUGAUGAUGAUGAUGAUGAUGAUGAUGGUUGGAUUAAUCCUCCGAUCUGCGGGUUGGGUAGUCCGUAUAGAUGCGGUGGUACUGAUUCCAUGGCCAUGAGACUGAACGGCUCGUAUAAGCUUCUCCGAUCUCCGUCUUUGUUCAAGUUGAAUAGAUUUUGA